GGAUCCUUGAGGACAGAGGGUGGUAUUGGUGUUAGAACGCCUUCCAAAGGGCGGAAGGUGUAACUGAUCUGCUUCGAGCGUGUCCACAGCCGACUCUGUGUCGUCUCCCUCGCCCCUCUCCGCUUGCUCGCAACAGAGAGAGAGAGAGAGAGAGCGGCCAUCUUGACUCUGUGGUCUGCCUCAACUCUGCGGCCCCUUUCUGUUUGCUCCCAAGAAAGAGAGAAAGGAAGGAGAGAGAGACCAUGGUUUCACUUUCGAUCAGUAGAAUUAGAAACUAGAUCCUCUCUCUCUCUCUCUCUCUCUCUCUUGUAAAGCCCUAGAAGGAGAGGGAGAGAUUUCUCCUGACAAUGGGUGGAUAGUCCCUGGUUUCUUUAUGCUAGUUUAUGCGAUAGUCCAUCUUCGUAUCCCAGGAAGCGCUGUCUCUACUCUCAUUUGAACUCCACGGGCUCUUCUUCCUCCCGCCGCUAGCUGGGUGCCCGUAAUCGUCAGAGAUGGCCGACGUGUACGGACUUCCUCGGUUCCAUCGGAGCAAGUCGGAUCUACGUCGCGGGAUAUCGACUGCUUUUUCUUCCUUGCUCUCCUGCCGUUACCAGGUGUUGCUACUUGUCUUCUGGAUCGGCUGUUUCUUGACCGUCUUCUUCUGGCAGAAGAGCUCCCUCAACGGGCUCUGGAUCUUCAGGCAGGCGCCAUUGCGGGCUCCCGCCCGGCCGGUGCCGAAUCUCCGGCAUAAGGUGUUUAAUCUGACGGAUUUCGGGGGUGUCGGCGACGGGAAGAAGGUGAACACGGAGGCGUUCGAAAAGGCUGUCACGGAGAUUGCGAGGCAUGGGGGAGGACAGCUCAAUGUUCCUCCUGGGAUCUGGUUGACUGCGCCCUUCAAUCUGACAAGUCAUAUGACUCUGUUCCUCGCUGAAGAUUCAGUCAUUCUGGGGAUUGAGGAUGAAAAGUACUGGACUUUGAUGCCCCCUUUGCCAUCUUAUGGAUAUGGGAGGGAGCAUCGUGGACCUCGAUACGGCAGUCUGAUCCAUGGUCAGAAGCUCAAAGAUGUGGAGAUAACAGGCCACAAUGGCACGAUAGAUGGACAAGGUAUGAUAUGGUGGCAGAAGCACCGGAAAAAGCUUCUUAAUCAUACUAGGGGUCCUCUUGUACAGAUAAUGUGGUCAACUGACAUACGGGUCUCAAACAUCACUUUACGCAAUUCUCCAUUUUGGAAUUUUCAUCCUUUUGACUGCAAGAAUGUACAUAUAUCUGGGGUCACAAUUUUAGCUCCGUUGCAUGAUGCUCCAAACACAGAUGGCAUUGAUCCAGACUCAUGCGAGAAUGUAGUAAUUGAGGAUUGUUACAUAAGUGUUGGUGAUGAUGGAAUUGCAAUAAAGAGUGGGUGGGAUCAAUAUGGAAUUAAUUAUGGUCGGCCAUCUACCAAUAUUCAUAUUCGGAAUUUAGUUGUUCGUUCGAUGGUAAGCGCAGGAGUAUCCAUUGGCAGUGAGAUGUCUGGGGGUGUUUCUAAUGUCAGCUUGGACAAUGUCCACAUUUGGAAGUCUAGGCGUGGGGUCAGAAUCAAGACAGCAGCAGGGAGAGGUGGUUAUGUGCGACAUAUUUCUUACCAUAAUGUUACCUUUGAUGACCUUCGAGUCGGGAUUGUCAUCAAAACCGAUUACAAUGAGCAUCCUGAUGAGGGUUAUGAUCCCAAGGCGCUUCCCAUACUUGAGGACAUAGUUUUUGAGAGUAUUCAUGGUCAGAAUGUUCGUGUGCCUGUUCGCAUUCAAGGCAGCAAGGAGAUACCGGUGAAGGGUGUGGUAUUCCGAGAUAUGUCUGUUGGUCUUCAGUACAAGAAAAAACAUGUCUUUCAGUGCUCUUAUGUUCAGGGCCAAGUAUAUGGCACUAUCUUUCCUGCACCCUGUGAGAACCUUGACCGAUAUGAUGAACAUGGGCAGUUGGUUAGCCACUCUGCAUCAACUAAUGCAACGGAUAUAGACUAUGACUUCUGAUACGUUAUCCCUCCGAUCAGGUUGUUGUUACAAUAUGGGGCAUGUUCCCCCACAUGUGGAGCUCUGGUCCUAGAUGAGCGCCUUGGAAUAGAGAAAAGGUGGCUCUGCUUUAGCCGAUCAGCUGAUUUGAUUCUUUUGUUCUCAAUUUUUUUCUGUUGUUGUUUUCCCUUGGCUGUACAGAGGAAAAAGAGGCUACGUUUAAAACCUAAGAAGAGAGAAUGUGGUUUUCGGCUAAUCGCGGAAUGAGAGCAAGUAUUACAUGGAUAUAUAUUCUUCUGUGAAUUUGAAAAUCAGCAGUCAUAUUGAUAUU